UUAGCACAAAUUAAAAGUAUGGUAAUGCUCUUUGAUAUAAAUAUGCAAAAUUAAACAAUUAUCAUUUCCUAUGCUGGUGUUUUUACUUCAUGUGUCGCUGCAAAAGAUGUAGUGGAUAGCAAUAAGGUUCUUGUUGAUGCUGACCCAGCUGGAGAAGCUGUUCCUAGAGGAUCCAGCCAUAGCCCUAUUAGCCCCCUAGGCGAAGGCUCUUCAGUGACCGGAGGAGAAUCAUUUGAUGUCGAUUCCAUUCAUGAGAGGACCGAUCUCCAAGGGUUCGUGAGACAGUUUGAUGAAGAUGGAGAUCAGAAUGACAACUUUCCUUCCCAUUUCUAUCAUCUUUCAGGAAGUGUGGUAAGGUUUCAGCGGUUUGACGUCCCUGUAGAAGGUCUAUCAUUACUUGAGGAUAUCGUGAAGAGGCAUCCCAACUUCAUGGCUGGAUGCAGGGUAGGUGCUGCCAUGAGAGGGCUGAUGUUUCAGCUGCUUGUUGCCGUCCUAUUAGAUAUGCAGCGCACUUGUCUUGAUAGCUCAAAUUUGAAACGGGUGCUCGAGUGGAAAAAUGCACUUAAGGAACUAUUGGCCAUGGGAUUAGAUGUGCAGUUUAUACUUGACCAUGUUCGUUCUGCCAUUGGACCAUGUCUUGCUCGCAGUAGUGAGAAGAAAUUGAAGGAUCUUGAAGCGAAGAUAGCUAGCGUUGUGGAGGAUAUUUCGUUGCUAGUUGCCGAACUGUCUUCUUUGACAAGCCAAAGAGAUGAGAUCAUAAAGUAUAUGUCUUCCAUCGGUACUCCGUCUUCUGCAGAAACCUUUGGCAGUGGCUUGUUUGAAUGAUGCCUUUAGACUCCUCUUCAAUUUCUAGUAGUUAUUUGGGCUGUAUUAAUCAUUUUCUAAAAGACUUCUUUCCU